CUCCAGAUGCACAGUCUCAGAAUGGGGGAGCGAUCUUUGGAGAAGGCCCCAAUCCCCAAGCUGCCUGGCAAGAUGUGGUGGCUGCUUCUCUGGGGAGUCCUCCAGGCUCCCGCCUCACAGGGCUCUGUGCUCUGGGCUCAGGAGCUACCCCAACAGCUGAUGUCCCCGGGAUACCCCAAGCCGUACCCCCGAGGCCAGGAGAGCAUCACAGACAUCGAGGCUCCGGAGGGCUUUGCUGUGAAACUCACUUUCCAGGACUUCGACGUGGCGCCAUCCCCUGACUGUGAGCAGGACUCAGUUACUAUCACAGCCAGUGGAAUGGAGCCCACUCGGUACUGUGGGCAAUUUGGCUCUCCAAUGGGACACCCCCCAGGGCACAAGGAGUUUGUGUCCUUGGGGCGCACUUUACGGCUGACCUUCCAUGCUGCCUCUAAGGACCAGACGCCCCAUCUCCACAAGGGCUUCCUGGCCCUCUACCAGGCUGUGGGUAUGAAACAUGGUCUACCUGUUGACCAGGCCAGGGGAGCCCCUGUAUUAGGCCACACCCCCAAAGACAAGCCCUUCAAGACCCAGAGUCACUGCCAGGAACCAUAUUAUCAGGCAGUGCCAGCAGGGACACUCACCUGCACAACCUGGAACCCCUGGAAGGAGACACAGGAUGGAGAGGAAGUGCUUCAAUGUGAGCCUGUCUGUGGACGAUCCGUCAUCCCCAUGGCCCAACAUCCAGAGGCGCAAGGCUCCUGCAAAGCCGAGCCGGGCAGCUUCCCCUGGCAGGCCUUCACCAGCAUUUACGGGCGCGGCGGUGGGGCGCUGCUGGGGGACAGGUGGGUCCUCACGGCCGCCCACACCAUCUACCCCAAAGACGCGGUGUCCUCGGGCCGUGAGAGGCGCGUGGAGGUGUUCCUGGGCCACACAGCCUUGGACGAGCUGCUGCGGCUGGGCCCCCGGCCUGUGCGCCGCGUGCUGGUGCACCCCGACUAUCAGCCAGGGGAUCCCCACAACUUCAACGGUGACAUCGCCCUCCUGGAGCUGCAGGAGCCCGUGGUCCUCGGACCCAGCAUCCUUCCGAUCUGUCUUCCCGACAGUGCCAAUACCAGCGAGCGGUUCUACCAGCCGGGUGUGCGGGGUGCAGUCAGCGGUUUUGGGGUUCAGCAGGGCUGGCUGAGCUCCGAGCUCAAGUGCUCCAGCCUGCCCGUGGCUCCGCGUGGGGCCUGCGAGGCCUGGCUCCGGGACCAGCAGAGGCCUGAGGUGUUCUCCCAGAACAUGUUCUGUGCGGGGGACGAGCUGCGGCCCCAAAGUGUCUGCCAAGGGGACAGUGGGGGCGUAUAUGUCGUCUGGGAUGCCAAUGCCCGGCGGUGGGUAGCGACGGGCAUCGUGUCCUGGGGCAUCGGGUGUGGCCCAGGAUACGGAUUCUACACUAAAGUGCUCAGCUACGUGGACUGGAUUAAGGGUGUGAUGAGCGGGAAGGAGUGAUCUCGGGGUGUCCGGAUGAGACCAGCCCGGCUAGGUCCCCCAGAAGGGAAGGGCUGGGAGUGAUGACUAAAAAGGGAGGGGGU